UAAUCACACCUUAACUCCCCUCAACUUCCUCAAAUCUCGUCCCUUAUAAAAUCCCUCUCCCCUCUCUAUUCCAUUACUCUUCACUUACCAUUUUCCCUCUUUCUAUUUAUAGUAACUUUAUUUCUUUCCAUUUAUUUUCUGCCGCCGGCGGUGGUUCUCCGGCGCCUGUAGUUAAUAAUGAAGUCAGCAUUGUUGUCGGAUUUCGGUACGGAGAUUGUAAUUCCUAUUUGCGCCGUUAUCGGAAUUGUGUUCUCGCUUGUGCAAUGGUACUUAGUGUCGCUUGUGAAACUGUCACCGGAAAACGGAGGUUACUCGCCGAAGAAUGAGAAGAAUAAUGGAUGUCAUGAUAGUUUAGUUGAGGAAGAGGAAGGCAUAAAUGACCAGAAUGUUGUUGUUAGGUGCGCCGAAAUACAGAAUGCCAUCUCUGAAGGGGCAACAUCCUUCCUUUUCACGGAAUAUCAGUAUGUGGGUAUCUUCAUGGUUGCUUUUGCAGUCUUGAUCUUCCUGUUCCUUGGCUCUGUUGAGGGUUUCAGCACCAAGAGCCAGCCAUGCACUUACAACAAGGAGAAGAUGUGCAAGCCAGCCCUUGCUACAGCCAUCUUCAGCACAAUAUCCUUCUUGCUCGGUGCUGUCACUUCAGUUGUAUCUGGUUUCCUUGGGAUGAAAAUAGCAACAUAUGCGAAUGCAAGGACAACUCUGGAAGCCAGAAAAGGUGUCGGGAAAGCUUUUAUUACUGCAUUCAGAUCCGGUGCAGUAAUGGGUUUUCUCCUUGCUGCCAAUGGUCUCUUGGUGCUUUAUGUUACAAUUAAUCUCUUUAAGCUAUACUAUGGUGAUGACUGGGAGGGCCUUUUUGAAGCAAUUACUGGCUAUGGGCUUGGUGGAUCUUCCAUGGCCCUUUUUGGUAGAGUUGGUGGUGGAAUUUACACCAAGGCUGCCGAUGUUGGUGCUGACCUUGUCGGGAAGGUCGAAAGGAACAUUCCAGAAGAUGAUCCCAGAAAUCCUGCUGUGAUUGCUGACAAUGUUGGUGAUAAUGUUGGGGACAUUGCUGGAAUGGGUUCUGAUCUUUUUGGCUCAUACGCGGAAUCAUCCUGUGCUGCUCUUGUUGUGGCUUCCAUCUCGUCUUUUGGACUUGAUCAUGAUUUCACUUCAAUGUGUUAUCCCCUGCUCAUUAGUUCGAUGGGAAUCCUUGUUUGUUUGAUAACCACCCUUUUUGCUACUGACUUCUUCGAAAUUAAGGCUGUCAAGGAAAUUGAACCAUCCUUGAAGAACCAGCUUAUUAUCUCAACUGCUCUUAUGACAGUGGGAAUUGCAAUUGUGACCUGGACUUGCCUUCCAUCUUCCUUUACCAUCUUCAAUUUUGGCACGCAAAAGGUUGUAAAGAACUGGCAACUGUUUUUAUGCGUGGCUAUUGGUCUUUGGGCUGGACUUAUCAUUGGAUUUGUCACAGAGUACUACACUAGCAAUGCUUACAGCCCUGUCCAAGAUGUAGCCGACGCCUGCAGGACUGGAGCAGCAACUAAUGUUAUUUUUGGCCUUGCUCUUGGGUACAAAUCUGUCAUCAUUCCUAUCUUUGCCAUCGCAAUAGCUAUCUUUGUCAGUUUCAGUUUUGCUGCCAUGUAUGGUAUUGCUGUUGCUGCUCUUGGAAUGUUGAGUACCAUUGCUACUGGAUUGGCCAUUGAUGCAUAUGGACCUAUCAGUGACAAUGCUGGAGGUAUUGCUGAGAUGGCUGGCAUGAGCCACCGGAUCCGUGAAAGAACUGAUGCCCUUGAUGCAGCUGGAAACACCACUGCUGCUAUUGGAAAGGGAUUUGCCAUUGGAUCCGCUGCACUUGUGUCCCUAUCCCUGUUUGGUGCUUUUGUGAGUCGUGCUGCAAUUUCAACAGUCGAUGUCUUGACUCCCCAGGUCUUCAUUGGUUUGAUUGUUGGUGCCAUGCUUCCCUACUGGUUCUCUGCCAUGACUAUGAAGAGCGUUGGUAGUGCAGCUCUGAAGAUGGUUGAGGAAGUUCGCAGACAAUUUAACACCAUUCCUGGUCUCAUGGAGGGCCUUGCCAAGCCUGAUUACGCUACUUGUGUUAAGAUCUCGACUGAUGCAUCUAUUAAGGAAAUGAUUCCCCCAGGUGCCCUGGUCAUGCUCACGCCCCUCAUAGUUGGGAUUUUUUUCGGAGUGGAGACUCUUUCUGGAGUUCUUGCCGGUGCUUUGGUUUCUGGUGUUCAGAUUGCAAUAUCUGCAUCAAACACUGGUGGUGCAUGGGACAAUGCCAAGAAGUAUAUUGAGGCUGGUGCUUCGGAGCAUGCAAGGACCCUUGGUCCAAAGGGCUCCGAACCCCACAAGGCUGCUGUUAUUGGUGACACCAUUGGCGACCCUCUGAAGGACACUUCAGGUCCAUCACUCAAUAUCCUUAUCAAGCUGAUGGCAGUAGAGUCACUCGUCUUUGCUCCAUUCUUUGCAACACAUGGUGGUAUACUUUUCAAGAUUUUCUGAGUAGAGAGAAAAGACACUUCGUCCGUCAAGUCCUAUGGUAUUUCCAUUCGCUAGCAAUCUUCCUGCUCUAAUUUCCCCAAGCAUGGAUUUUUAAGUUAGUUCUUAGCUAGUCACAGGUUUAGUUUGAAGACGAUAACGACGAAUACAGCUAGUUAAUUUCUUUCUGCCAGUCUUGAGAUAAUUUAUUAGUUUUCUUUGGUAGACACUGUUCUUUUUUUUUUUUUCCUAACCAUCAUUAUCCACGUGUAGUCCAACGUUUAUUUUGUUACACAAGGCAGGAUUUCAUUUU